GAUUGAAAAGCAAUAUAAGUAAGCCGUUGAAACGAAUGUCGGAGCGUCCUUGUAUUGCGUGGCCGACCCUCGCAUCAGCGAAAGGGAACGUGAGAAAGGCAGUGAACGUUGGAGGUAGUGCGUGGUGCUGGCAAGGGCGAAAGUGGACGAAGGGGACGUACGUGUGUUGCUCGGCGCCAGAGUCGACUUUUGCUCUCAUGACCUACAUUGCUGCGGCCUUCCAGCCUGCCUCCUUCGGGCAGAGGCGGAUCAGUGGAAGCACAAUGUCUUCGGGCAGCCCGACACCAUCGCUGGAGUCCCUGGCCGGCACUCCGAUCGGCUCACUCAUAGACUCUGACCCCACGCGCUCCUUGGAGAACUCGCCCCCCGUGUCCACUACCAGUUCGGUUGCUGGUCCGGCUGGUGUGAUUGCUACAACUUGCCCCGUGUGCAGCGACACUUUCAACUCGCCGCGAGUCCUGCACUGUCUACACGCCGUGUGCAUGCAGUGCCUUGACAAGAUCUACGACGGUGAAAAAAUAACCUGCCCAACGUGUCACAAUACAACUGAGGUUCCUCCUAUAGCCUUGAUGCCGGACUACGCCAUCCAACGCUUACUCGAAAACUCGUCCUCGGACGAUCACCAGGGCUGCACCGUCUGCAAAAGAGAUGUGGCUACAUCAAAGUGCAUUAAUUGCUCUCAGUGCCUGUGUUCGAACUGCUUGACCUCACACGACUACAUGCACGGAAUGCUCAACCACACCGUGGUGGGCAUCGAAAAUGGUGCACGGGAAGACAGAGCCGUUGCCUGCAUUCGUCAUCCAGCAGAAGCCGUACGGCUAGUUUGUGUUCCGUGCCGCGUUCCCAUCUGUGCUGAUUGCGCCAUUAUGGAGCAUCCACAGCCUCAGCACCAACACAUGAGCCUAGCCGACGCUGUUGCUUCGCACAUGGAUUCUUUCAACAAAUGUCUUGAAGCUUCCAGAGCCAAAGCUCAAGAUCUCAGAGUGUGCAUUAAAAGUAUCGAGAAUUCCAGCUGCCGUAUGAUGACGCAGUACGAGAAGGCUCGUGGCGACAUCACAAGCAGUUACAACCAACACGUAGCGGCUGUUACUGAACGUCGCAAUGAAAUGUUCUUGGAGCUCGAUAACUACUACAACAACAAACAGCAAUCUCUGGCUACUGCUGCUCGGAAGGCGCAAGACAGCGUCGAUGCCAUCUGGACUGCAUGUGACUUCGUCGAAAAACUGAAGAAAUAUGCUAGCCCAACAGAGCUAUUGAUGCAUCGUAGAUUGAUAGAAGCCCGCCUCAUGGAACAAGUCUCCAUGAACUUGGAUGUUGGACUGGAAGGUGCGAGCGAGCUCGAGUUUGUCACCAACUAUGCUGCCUUGCAACAGUCUAUUCGCAACAGCUUCGGGUACAUCAGGUCAUCAGCUGACCUACAAGGGCCUUCGAAAAUGGGUCCUAUUGCAAGGCCAAAUUCGUCUGUAUCUUCGUUAAACAACUUCAACAACACGUUGAACUCGUUGAAUGGGCUUGCACUGUCGAAUGGCGUUGGAAAUUUUUCAAGCACUGCUCAUCAGCAACAGCUGUCCUCACUAGCUUCCCAGCUUGGAAACCUUCAGAUGCAGCAACAGAACCACUCCAACCACGGUAACUUCCACGGCAAUAGCCUCGGCAGUUCAUCUUUGGCCAGCACUUUGGCUGCUCUCAACUCGACUGUAAAUGGGGGUUCAGUUUCUAGCAACGUGUUAGAAAGGGCGCUUGCAAACUCGCAGCUGAAUUAUUUCAAGCGUUACGGUCCGAUGCAUUCUGGAUAUUCAGCUAACUCGGCUGCCAGCUUAGGAGACCUGAACUUGAACUCAACUGCUGGUUACGAAAAGUGGAGUCCUGGUGAUGGUUUAGUUUACAACCACGAUGUAAUGAGCUUGGUUCCAGGUGCCGACGUGUCGUCGGCAGAUGUAAAGUUCAGCUCUUCUUUGAACCAGUUCCCACCAAGGUCUCAAAUUAAGCGCCAGAAAAUGAUAUACCACUGCAAAUUCGGCGAGUUUGGAGUCUUGGAAGGACAAUUUACGGAACCGAGCGGUGUAGCUGUCAAUGCCCAAAAUGAUAUCAUCGUGGCUGACACAAACAAUCACCGCAUCCAAAUCUUCGACAAGGAAGGCCGCUUCAAAUUCCAGUUUGGAGAGUGCGGCAAAAGAGACGGUCAGCUUUUGUACCCUAACAGAGUAGCUGUGGUGAGAACAAGUGGAGACAUCAUCGUCACCGAACGCUCGCCCACACAUCAAAUUCAGAUCUACAACCAAUAUGGUCAGUUCGUUCGGAAGUUUGGCGCGAGCACUCUGUGCUACCCGCGAGGUGUGACUGUUGAUAGCCGCGGUCGAAUCAUUGUUGUAGAGUGCAAAGUUAUGCGCGUCAUUAUCUUCGACCAAUAUGGCACAGUCCUUCAUCAGUUCAACUGCCCCAACCACCUUGAGUUCCCCAACGGCUGCGUUGUCAACGAUAAACAAGAGAUCUUCAUAUCUGACAAUAGGGCGCACUGUGUGAAGGUGUUCAACUACGACGGGCAGUAUCUGAGGCAGAUCGGCGGUGAGGGCAUCACCAACUAUCCAAUAGGCGUGGGUUUGACCACUCAGGGAGAAGUGCUGAUUGCUGACAACCACAACAACUUCAACUUGACCCUGUUCACUCAGGACGGUACCCUGGUAUCCGCCUACGAGUCGAAAGUCAAACACGCUCAGUGCUUUGACGUUGCUCUCAUGGACGAUGGCUCAGUGGUUUUGGCUUCAAAGGACUACCGCCUCUACGUUUACAGGUAUCUGCAGGUACCUCCUCAUCUGUAAACACACCUUGGAAACAGCUGUUGAUAGUCUUGGUGAUUCACUAACUUUCUGAACUUCCCCACUUGGAAAAUAAGGUGAGGGGAUUGCUUUAGAAGGAAGUGUGAUUUUUCAGAUAAUGAAUUGGAGAAACGCGUGUGGACUUGGAGUUCUGACCUUAAAUGAGAGUUGUAAGCAGUCAAUCUGAACGCGAUUUAUAGUUUUCUCGUCUUGAGAGCAUUACGUAGGGUUCCCCUGCGUGGCAUUGGCUGCAGUGAAAGGUGUUAGGAGUUGUAAUGAACGUUGCUGCUUAUCAGAAAUGUAAAACUUUGAGCACGUCGCGGUCACCUUGCGUGUUCUUCACGCUUCCGCGCUAGUCUCGGUGUGCAAGCGACAAUAUCGAUUCGUUUAACUACACGUUGCUCAAUUGGCCAAGUGGUAUGGUAUUUUGCUCUCUAUUUUCUGCCCGAUUUUAGUUAUUAUUCUGUUCUGAAAAUUACGCUAGAUUUUCUCGAGGGUGUGAUUUUUAGUUUCUUUGGUUGCUUCAUAUUAAGUUGAUCUCUGAAAGGUUCUUUAUUUCUGUUCUGUUUCCUCAUUCCUGAUUUGGCCUGAGGGUUGUUGUGUUUUUGUUUUUGUUUUCCAAAAUUUCAACUGUUACCAUCGUGUUAACUUGACGUUUGUGGUUCCCAACCAUCCUGUUUACCUAUCGACUCGUUUCUAUUCGCUCUGGUCUUCAUAUCGCUUAUUGGUUUUCAGAAACAGUGGGGCGUUAAGCCUUGUUACUGCAUUCGUUGUAGCUACGUGAUUUACUGGAAGGAUUUUUCAAAUGAUGGAAUAUGAAAGACUUUCGUGUAACCUCGAAUAUUAAUAACAUUCCACAAAAAGUCUUGAAGGGAAGAGGGAAUGAAACGAGUCACUCGGAAUUGAGAGGACAUCUCGGGGAAAUAUUUUCUCACGAUCCAAUUGUUAAUCCCGGUUUUGUAGGCCGUCUGUUAGAGAAAUAGUUUUGAUAUGACGGCUUAUUCGUAGGUUUAGCUCUUGCUGGCGUGUAGUCUAUUUUUUAUUGAUGUGCUGACUAACUCAAUUGCAAUGGUAUACUAUAGGCACUUAACACUUAUCUUAAACCUGAGCCUAGUCACCGUUGAUUUGUCUGUUGUCUUCACGAAAACAAAUAAAUAAGGAAAUAAAAUGUUAUUCAUCGAACGUUGAUUGACUCGUGCGGUCACAGGAUUACCUUCCAAUUAUACUUUAAUUCCCCCCAUAAUCCUGAUUAGAAUUGCGUUGAAUGCCCGUUGGUUAAAUUUCUUCAGUGAUUGUGCCUGCAUUGUAGAAAGGAUUGUAGAACUUUGAGUUUUCACCGGUGAUUCAUAAUAUACCCUCCCAUCCCCUCAAGUUUAGACCACUGUUUUCUGUUUAGAGCUCAUUGCAAUUUUUGUUGUCUGCGUUACGGUAUCUCCCUGUUACACUUAACUGUUUGCCUUUUCUGUUUACUUGUGUUUUGUUCAAGUUUUUGCUGUGUAUUUAUUCGUCCCUAAUUUAUUUCUGUUACCUCGCCGCUUGCUUUCAUCAUUGUAAGAAAAGAAUAAGCUGUUAACCUACGCCUUGGAUGUCGUAUUGCUGCCCAUUAUUCCUAAGUCUUGGCCUUUGGCUUGAUCGAACAAAGGGGCGACGCUGAUAGACUUUUAGAUGUUGGAGCCUACGUUAUCACUCAGCAUAGCCUCUGUAUGUGUAAUUUUGUAAAAACUGUUUAGUUUUAUUUCAAUUUUAUUUUUUAUAUCUUGUUUUGAAAUGUUAGAGCUGUUACCGUAGUUGAUAUUCCAGGAGAGUUUUAGUUUUAGUGCGCUAAUCUUAGUCGGCCUAAGCAUGGUUACUGAGAACCAACAUCCUCAGUUACGAAGGUUUUAAAAGCCUUGUCAUUUGUAGUGACAUGAGCUCUUAGAAUGUCGGUAGACGGCGUUCGUAGACAAUCAAAUGCUGAUCAGAGCUGUAGAUUUUCCCAAAUAAUUAUAAAUGAUUGGGGGCCAAAAAGCGAUUUUUUCUAGACUCCAUUGAAAGUCUUAGCACUAACUAGUUCCUGUGGAAUUCAGCUGUGAAACACAAUUGAGAAGCUUGUCAUGAACUUCGGUGCACUGGUUUAUGUGCGUCACGCUAACCACGUAAUUUCGCUGCGUAAUUUUAAGGUUUCUCCAUUUUCCCUAUUGCUUAUUUUUGGAAGUGAGCAAAUAAGUUUCGUAGCUCAUGAGUUUUGCCUCGGCACAAUAUCCCUGAACUUCUUCAGCUUCCUUUAGUUAACUAUUGGUACGUAAAUAAAUUAGAGUCCAGGACUAGAUGCAAACUUAAACCGUUUUUAGUUCUGCUAGAUCUAGCUUUCUGUGAGCCGUUUUAUGUGGAGUUUUUCAGCAAAUUAUAAUUUUCAAUGUCUUAAAUCGUGAAUGAUUUUUAUUGAAUUAAUUACUGCAUCUUUCUGUACAUGUCUAGGGCUUUGUAAUAUCUUUGAAGUCCGUUCACUGUUUUGUUGAGAACAAUUUCGUGUUUGAGCAUUUUUUUUAGUCCUGUUGCUUGUUGAGUAACUAUUCUCUAGUAUUUAGAUACUCGUUCGUGAAUCGUUUCUCAAAUUUAUUUGAAUUUAGUCGCAACGAAGGUCGUUGUUUUACACAGAGAAAGUUACUUUCAUUAUUUUCACACAAAAUCCCCCAGAUCCGGGAGUAGCGAACUUUGUCAUUUUUUUUAAUUACUGCCAAACGCUGGGCACAUGUUCCGGAUGAAACUAAAUUAGAAAUUUUUCGUUACUUUUCCUGGAAUUGUGCCGAGAAAAUCUUCCCACUAGCUUACUUUUAACCAACUGUGACCUUUCAUAUCACUGUGUAGGAACAUGCCUUAAACGUUGCAUUCUACGUCCAGGCCUAGGUUUAAGGGUGCCCAUAGUAAAGUCCGCUGAGCCUCUACUUGAGAAGAUUUCAAUCGAGGACUUGGUGUUCAUUGGAAAAUAACCACAUUAAUAGACUUUACAAUGUGGGGUUGUAACUUGUGUUACUGUUGUUGAUGUCCUCUCAUAGAACACGUUAGAGGCCAUCGCGUUUUUUUGGUGUAGUUGAAUUUCGCUACUUGUUGAAUGUUGAUGUUUGAAAUAGUUAUUAGCGAGUCAGAAAAGGUCUUUGUAGUCGGUUUUGUUCUAAUGAACAUACUGACAUCAUUGUACCUGAUCUUCCUUCCAAGCUGCAACUAAAAAAUUUCACAAAUUUUCAGUGAAGCUAAAAGAUGCUAAUCAUGAGCUCAAUUCCUUGUUAUUGCUCUGUGAGGAGCAUUUUAAGCAUCUUUUAAAGGAUUUAUUGGUAAAAGAUACUUGCCCAAACUGCACUUGUGCAGAUCUGCUAUUGUUAUUUUGAGUGCUGUGGAUUGUUGAAAAUUUUCUUGAUGAAUAAAUUUGAAGAGUUACGUGAGCGUAAGAUGGUGCAAGGUGUUGCGCACUCGCCGAUCGAACUUCUAAUACUUAUGAAAUUUGAACUAAGCUUUUUUGUACUCUAGCUCAUAACUUAGGAUGUAUUUGGCUAGAUUAGAAUUGGCUCUAUAACAAUACGAAGUGUGCUUUUCCAUGUUAAUAUAGUUCUUUGAUGUAGUUGCCCUAGGCUUGAUAGAUGCGAGAGAGCCCAUUGCACUGGUAGAUCUUCUGUUCCAAAUAUUUGAUCAAAUUUGGGUCAGUCGUGCCAUUGUGUUGCAAUCACUCUGUUGUAUACUAGAGCACAUUCCAGUUGUUGUGGUUCUUGGAAAGUUUGUUCUCUCGUGUUAGUUUGCCUAUAGCUCUUAACACAGCCAUGUCAAUGACGAAGAGUCUGAAGCGAGCAGGCACUCGAAAGUCUAUUUUUCCACGUUUUUAUGUCCUGACUGAUAACAGUUAAUGGCAUGCUUGCUGAUGAAAUUCAAAGGCCUUCUCUGCGGCGUGGCUGUAAGAUGUGGCCACAAAAAUUAUACCGACAUACCGUGGUGCAUUUUGUUUUCAUCCUCUCAAAGACACCAGUAUUAGGAUCGCUCGUCCAAUGGGCUCUGUCCCAUCUGUUAAUUUGGUAAAAGUCUGUGUUGGGUUGAGCUUAUUUACUCUUAUUACGGAAGAGCUUCACCUCGUCUGUGACUUGAAUGGAGUGUCAUUUUAGUCUAGCAGUGAGAUCCGAACCGAGUCACUGGUGCGACAGAACAUUCCACAAUUGUUACAGUUUUGCAUUGUUAGACCGGUAGUUUGUUGUAGUUUGACAACUUCUGUAGUUAGCAUUGCUCGCUGCCCGUACCGCGGUGAUCGCUCUUGAUCCUCUGUAGCAACUCCGUUGCUUACAACUAAAACCCUAGAGUUCGAAAAAAUUUUCUUCGGCUACAGAAUGCUAGAGCUUGAACCCGGUGCGUGGUCUGUUGUAGAUGUCCCGCGGUUCUCUGCUUAACCCUCGCUCAGUGUUAAGAACUUGACGAGGGCUCCUUCUUGCGCUCUUUCUCGGUGUGCUACUUCCAUCAAGGGGUUGAGGAUCGCGUGCACUUCUGACUGUGGGCAGAGGAUGCACGGGGAGGUCAAAUACGGUGAAUUGUUAGCUCGGAACCCAAUAUCUACUCGUGUAUGUUUGUAAUGAUGUUACUUAGGCCUAAGAAACCCUGGACUGCUAAACUUACCUGUUAGGCUAAUUGUGGUAGUUAUCCCUACUGUUUAUUGGUUGUUCCAGCGUUACUGUAUUACCAAACGUGUCGAUGUGGAUCAAGCUAUGUCAGUUGUUUAGAGAUGUAAUGAGUUUUAUUUUGAUAAACUGACUUUUUCAAAUUCUUAUCUAGUUUUUCACAAACUUGUUGACUUAGCCAAGUAACACUGAGCGCUCCGUUACGCCAGUUAACUAUGUUACCAGCACCCUGGGAGCAGCCAUUAGCUUGCUAGAACCAAUCUCUCGAGCGUGGCGCACCAGCGGCGCUGCUCUCGUUCAAAGAAGCGCAAGAAAUGUACAGUCCCGCUUAUUUAACGCCAUCCUCUGGCAACCAGGCCAAAAUGAGCCUUUGCAUGCAUCAUUUAAACUGGUCGUUGAUUCAGACCUAGUACGGGACAGUUGAUUUCUUUCGCGUCUUCGUUUGACUUCCUUACCUUGUAGGGUAACAUGUCCUAGUCUGUGCCUGCUUUCAUGGCUUGUUUUGUUGCAGUUUAUUUAUUUGAUUUGUCAAUAUGGAAGGUAUUUACUCAUUAAGCUUAGUCAACUUCUGAACUUGAUUACUAGCAUUCCUUUUCAGAUUUUUGCACGGUUUCUCUUUGCACUAAUAUGCCCCCUAUUCGUACAUCGAAUAAGACUGCUGAAGCUGUUCUAAACUAAACUUUGAUUUUUCAUUUCUCAGCAUUGUUUUUUGAGACAGAGGGAUAUUCAGUUUUUGCAACACUCUAGCACAGAAUUUGGACAGAGAACUUGACCGCACUUUUGAGCUAGAAUUUUGACUUGGUCAAAAGUUGGCGUGUGGAUGAUAGAUCUGUCUCUGUGUACAGCUUAUGCUAAGUUUGUAUUUAUUCAUCGUAUUUAUAGCGCUUUUUAGCCACUGUUCUUAGUUUACUGUGAUUAGUUUAAUUUUAAGAUCAUACUCAAAAGAAUUAAGUUGUGCCUCUUCGUGAUCCAUCCUACUGGGAAUUUGUGCUACUUAACUGAUAAAGUUCGUUGUCGUUCCUCAUUGUUAGGCAUAAGCCUUGGUUGAUGCCUUAUUGGUUCGAAGACAAAUUCGACACGGGUCUACCGAGAACCAGUUCAACAAUAGUUGAAUUGUAGAAACAGUUGAGCAAUAUUGAGGAAAAUUUGAGGUUCUGGGAAUGUUGGAAUUUUAUUGCCUUCCAUGGUGUUUUGUUGAUGCUGUUAUGGCUUUUUUUUCGAUAUUUCAAUAAAAGUAUUUUGUUUGUCA